GGCGGGUUGCUGAGAAGUGGGUUCGAACACAGCGUUGCAAUCUCGCUCCGGGGGCCGGUGCCUGCGCUCGCGCCGCCGGCUGAGAAGGAUGAAGCCGCAGCUGGAGCAGCCACCCUGUGAUUGGCUGUGGCUCUUGUGAACCCGAAGUAAAGAUGGCGGGCGGGCAGGCAGCCGCCGCACUGCCCUCUUGGAAGAUGGCGGCGCACCGCAGCUUCAGCGCCCGCGGCCGGGGGGUCCUGCAGGCGGCGGCGGCGAGGCUGCUGCCAUUGCUACUGCUGAGCUGCUGCUGCGGCGCGGGCGGCUGCACGGCGGUGGGCGAGAACGAAGAGACGGUGAUCAUCGGGUUGCGGCUGGAGGACACGAACGACGUGUCGUUCAUGGAAGGGGGGGCGCUGCGGGUGAGCGAGCGGACCCGGGUCAAGCUGCGGGUGUACGGGCAGAACAUCAACAACGAGACAUGGUCCCGCAUUGCUUUCACAGAGCACGAGCGGCAGCGCCACAGCCCCGGCGAGCGCGGGCUGGGGGGACCCGCGCCGCCGGAGCCGGACAGCGGCCCCCAGCGCUGCGGCAUCCGCACAUCAGAUAUCAUCAUCUUGCCCCAUAUCAUUCUCAACCGCCGUACAUCGGGCAUCAUUGAGAUAGAGAUCAAACCGCUGCGCAAGAUGGAGAAGAGCAAGUCCUAUUACCUGUGCACGUCGCUCUCCACGCCAGCACUGGGCGCCGGCGGCUCGGGGUCCGCGGGUGGCGCCGUCGGGGGCAAGGGCGGCUCCGGGGUGGCCGGGCUCCCGCCGCCCCCGUGGGCCGAGACCACCUGGAUUUAUCACGAUGGCGAGGACACCAAGAUGAUCGUGGGGGAGGAAAAGAAGUUCCUGCUGCCCUUCUGGCUGCAGGUGAUCUUCAUUUCGCUGCUUCUGUGCCUGUCGGGCAUGUUCAGCGGCCUCAACCUUGGACUCAUGGCCCUAGACCCGAUGGAGCUGCGCAUCGUGCAGAACUGCGGCACGGAGAAGGAGAAGAAUUACGCCAAGCGCAUCGAGCCCGUGCGCAGGCAGGGCAACUACCUGCUGUGCUCGCUGCUGCUGGGCAACGUGCUGGUCAACACCACGCUCACCAUCCUGCUCGACGACAUCGCUGGCUCAGGCCUCGUGGCGGUGGUGGUCUCCACCAUCGGCAUCGUCAUCUUCGGGGAGAUCGUGCCCCAGGCCAUCUGCUCCCGCCACGGCCUGGCGGUGGGAGCCAACACCAUCUUCCUCACCAAGUUUUUCAUGAUGAUGACCUUUCCCGCUUCUUACCCGGUCAGCAAGCUGCUGGACUGCGUUCUGGGCCAGGAGAUAGGCACCGUCUAUAACCGGGAAAAGCUGCUGGAGAUGCUCCGGGUCACAGACCCCUACAACGAUCUCGUAAAGGAGGAGCUGAAUAUCAUCCAAGGGGCGUUGGAGCUCCGCACCAAGACGGUGGAGGACGUGAUGACUCCCCUCCGGGACUGUUUCAUGAUCACCGGGGAAGCCAUUCUGGACUUCAACACCAUGUCGGAGAUCAUGGAGAGCGGCUACACUCGGAUUCCAGUAUUUGAGGGGGAACGCUCCAACAUCGUGGACCUCCUCUUCGUCAAAGACUUGGCCUUCGUGGAUCCAGAUGACUGUACUCCCCUGAAAACCAUCACGAAAUUUUAUAACCACCCCUUGCACUUUGUUUUCAAUGACACCAAGUUGGACGCUAUGCUGGAAGAAUUUAAGAAAGGUAAAUCUCACCUGGCUAUUGUGCAGCGAGUAAACAAUGAGGGAGAGGGGGAUCCAUUUUAUGAAGUUCUGGGAAUUGUCACAUUAGAGGAUGUGAUUGAAGAAAUCAUCAAAUCUGAGAUUCUAGAUGAAACAGAUUUAUACACUGAUAACAGAACGAAAAAGAAAGUGGCCCAUCGAGAAAGAAAGCAAGAUUUUUCUGCCUUUAAGCAGACAGACAGCGAGAUGAAGGUUAAAAUAUCACCACAGCUUCUCCUGGCCAUGCACCGUUUCCUAGCAACAGAAGUAGAAGCAUUUAGCCCAUCCCAGAUGUCAGAGAAGAUCCUUCUAAGGCUGCUAAAGCACCCCAAUGUCAUCCAGGAACUGAAGUAUGAUGAGAAGAACAAGAAAGCUCCAGAAUACUACCUCUACCAGCGAAACAAACCUGUAGACUACUUCGUUCUCAUUUUGCAGGGGAAAGUGGAAGUAGAAGCUGGAAAAGAAGGUAUGAAGUUUGAAGCCAGUGCUUUUUCAUACUAUGGUGUGAUGGCCCUUACAGCCUCGCCAGUUCCUUUGUCCCUGUCUCGUACCUUUGUUGUCAGCAGAACAGAGUUGUUAGCAGCAGGUUCUCCAGGUGAAAACAAGUCACCUCCUCGCCCGUGUGGCUUGAAUCACUCGGACUCUCUCAGCCGCAGCGACCGAAUUGAUGCGGUAACGCCGACGCUGGGGAGCAGCAACAAUCAGCUCAACUCUGCAUUCCUCCAGGUCUACAUCCCUGACUACUCAGUGCGAGCUCUCUCCGAUCUCCAGUUUGUUAAGAUCUCAAGACAGCAAUACCAAAAUGCCUUGAUGGCAUCCCGGAUGGACAAGACUCCUCAGUCUUCAGACAGUGAAAACACUAAAAUUGAAUUGACUCUUACGGAGCUGCACGACGGGUUGCCGGAUGAGACGGCCAACCUGCUCAACGAACAGAACUGUGUGACGCAUACCAAGGCCAACCACAGCCUGCACAGCGAAGGCGCCAUCUAGGGUGCCCGGCCCCCACACCAGGCCGCUGGCCUCCCGCCGUCCGACCGUGAAUCCCACUAGUGUGAGCUUGUGUGCCAUGCUGCAUCCUGCAACAUCCUGACACCAAAGACUCUGUCCCCUUCCUGGAAGCAGCAGAGGAGGCCAGGGAGGGCAGGCAUGGAAACCGGAGACAGGAAGUCGACAGCCAGGGCGUGGCAUUUCGAGAUUAUGGAGAUGAACUUCUUCCGCCCAAAUAGAAUCAUGUUUAUUUUU